AUCCUACGGCUGAUGAGCUGUCAAUCCUCGGAGUUUGCGGUGAUAGUCUCAUCAUUGUGCCGGUGGCUGUACUUUGUAGUAUUGCGAAUAGCAAGCGUGCGGGGCGUUGGCACGAUAUGCCGUAGUGCUACAGCACACGUACGUCAUGAGUGGCAGGUCACAUCCGCGGACAUACAUGCUGCUAUCUCGACAGGAUCAACAUGCAUGCCCAAUUGUCCUUCCUAUUUAGGUUGUGCCAUCAAGAUGACUCUGCAAUCUCAGAUGUACAAUGCACAGCAGGUGAAGCUAACUUGGUGGACAUGGGAAGCGUUCUUUCAUUGGCUCUGUAUGUUAACAAAAGCUCUCGCCGUCAACCACAAUCGUCCUGUACUAAAGAAGUAA